CCUGCCAUGGGGCUCCAAACUUGGUUGAUUUUACACUAUUUUCAAUGGAGCUUGAAUUGGUUCAGUGCACCCAUACCACUACUGCGUGAGCUGGAGCAGCACGUGAUCUGUGUUGUUAACAGCCAGCCCUCCAUUGACGCAAUAUAAGUCUGAACCUAGACUCCAAAUACAAUUUCCUGUGUUAUCACCUGAGGGAGGUGGUGGUACCAAAUCUGUUCAGUGGGCAGCGCGAGUGCUAUGACAAACAUGACGGAAACUGAUGAUGACGGACUGCAUGCCGUGGCAUGUGAAAGUUGCAAAUGAUUUUGACGUUGUGUGUCUUAAAUUUCCACUAAAGAAAUUCUCAUUCAGAUUACAAAAACACAGGACUGACUUUUAGCGCGUUGUCCUCGCUAGCUGUGCCAUGGGAGAGAGUCAAGGCUUGAUCAGUGACGCGGAGCUCCGACAAUUGCUGCUAAUUUUCUGUAAAGCCGGCUACAAAGCACGAGAAUCAUCAAGCAAGGUUGAGAUCAUUGAAAGAAAGUGCCUGGCCUUGUUUGGGAAGGACUAUAAGUAUACGGUCAUCUACAAUUCCAAUGGAGAGCUGUGUGGUCACUACCCAGAGAAACUGGUCAUCCUGGAGUACAUGCUGUCUGGCAGUGGACAGGAAGAAAAAACUCUGCCAAGUGUCGAACCUCUGUACGACAUUCAGAAGAUCCGAGAGCUGAUGUUGAAGUCACGGUUUGCCCGUUGCCGACAGCGCUUCGUAGUACCAAUUAUCCUGUAUGAAGGAAAGCAUAUAUGUAGAUCGGCAACACUGUCAGGUGGACCAGAGAUCUAUGGACGAUCUGGGUUGGAUUACUUCUUUUCAGGUGGUGAGAGUCUUGGAAGUCAAACAUCAGACAGUGAAGACUUGUUAGCCGGACAAAAUGCCACAACCAGCAGCAGUACGGGCAACAAUGAAUGGCAGCUGUUUGAUCGAUUCCGGGGCCAAGACAUUAAACUUCUCAAGAUGCUGUCCGUGGGCUGCAUCUCCGAUUUGAUGGUGGAAAACAAGAAAGUUAAGUUUGGCGUGAAUGUUUCCUCCUCGGAGAAGGUGGACAAGGAGCAUCGGUACGCCGAUUUCAGCCUUGUAUCUGUGCCUUACCCUGGCUGUGAGUUCUUCCGGGAUUACAGAGAGAACGGCUUCAAUGCCGAGGGGCUGUACUAUGACUGGAGCCAGGAUUUUGUUGAUGCAGGACUAAGCAUUCCAGAGAACCUCACAAGUAAACUUGGCAUCGACUGGCGGAGUUACAGGUCAUGGGAUCUUGUUAAACUUACCCAGAACUACUUAAAACUCUUUCUGCAUGUCAUCAAACAAGGAGAAACUGGCCUUCUCAUACAUUGCAUCUCAGGAUGGGACCGCACGCCCCUCUUUGUCUCUCUGCUCAGGUUGACGCUAUGGGCGGAUGGGAUGGCACACAGGAACCUCAGUGCAGCUGAAAUCUUGUAUCUCACCAUUGCCUACGACUGGAUGCUGUUUGGGCACAACCUCUCAGACAGAAUAGGCAAAGGAGAAGAUAUAUUCUUAUUUUGUUUCAACUUCCUGAAACACAUAACAUCAGAAGAGUUUUCGGUUGCCGUCAAAAGAAAUCAAAGGUCUGUCAGCAGAACGGACUCUGAGAGUUGUAUGGAUGGCAUGGUCUUAUUAGAUGUGGACAAGCAGUGCCUAGGCAGUAACUCCAGUCUCAAUAGCAACAUCAGCAUCACCAGCCUCAGCAGUACCAGUUCACCCAUCCUCAUCUGCACAGGAGGAGCCCACGAAGAGGUCACCCACAGCUCUCUUAGGUGUCACGGGUCCCCUGCCUUGGACAAUGGCAAGCCCCGAACCCCCACGCAUCGAGAGCCUCCCAGAUCACCCCCAGCCGUAUCGGCAACCAGCCCGGUAGCUGUGCCUAGACAGGUCAGGAGGUCAUCAGGAGAAGUUGCCAAGUCGGCAGCAUCAUCAACAUGUGGGAGUUGGCAGCUGGUAUCCCACACGGGCAGUGUAAAAGGUUAUGUGUCAUCCAGAGACUCACCACUUACUGUGCAUUCCGAUGUGUCGAGUAGUUCCAGUGGGACAGCCAGCAGUGGACCAGUGUUUGACAGCAUCUGUGAAGAGUCGGAGAGGAAGCGCAAGUUGGAUGAGGUGCGGAUAACCUUCAACAAGUUGUACUCAGCCAUCGUGGGUUCCCGCUACACUGCCGAGUCCGGGGGCAUCUCCAGCAUGAUUGACUCCAUCGUCUCCAAAGUGGGUUUGAGGUCUGGUCGAGGUACGCCAGUAUAAUGACCGGGAAUCCUAGGUGUUUUUGUUUUUAAUUAGAGCCAUGUUAAAGAUGUAUAUUUUGCUGUUGGAAGGUAUAUUCUUUAAAAAGGAAUCUUCUAGAGCGUAAUACUUUUCCUGGUCUUAUCACAAUCAGCAUUGCUGAAACUGCGUCCCAUUUUAAAAUGCCGCCAUUGUAUUGCCAACACCAUAUGAUGGUGCCAGACUGUCUUGUGGUGGGGGGGAGAUUCAUUGACCGCCAUUGAGGAACUGUUCCAUUUCCUAGGUCUCAUGAGUACAUGCAUGAUGUGCAUAUGGAAAUUAUAAAUAGGUGCAACACAUUUCCAUGCUUGUUAUAUCAGAAUUUGUUACCGUGUGCACAGUUCGUUCAUUUCUGGACACUAUGAGGCUAUACCGUGUGGAAGACACAGGAAACGACAAAGGAAAACAGAACUUAUCUGUGAACAGGAGUGAAAUGUAAUCUUUCCCACACACGCACGUUUACCUCCCAUACCUACAUGUAGCCUCGACAUUUCUUUGUUUUCGUGCAGUUAAGAAAAGAUGGUGAAAAUACUCAUUUACCAUGGACUGUGAACGUUAUUUUAAGCUGGAUUUUUGUUUAUGAUUUCCUUGACUGCUCCUCUUCCUUUUGAGACCAAUAAUAACCCCAUGUCCAAAAUGCCUGAACCCGCUUUCAUAGUGUGGACAUGGAAAAGUCCACAAAAUGUCCUGUCUUUAUUGUGUGGAUAUCUUUUGUUCACAGGUGCACGGUAUAUAAGGUUAGUGCACCAUAUAACCUCAGGACCACAGUUGAUGCCCUCGGAAAUGUUACACAAUCAAGCACAUUGAGUAUUUUGUCAGGAAUCUGUAUUUUGAGAUGCAUCUUGAAAUGAACAUUCCUAAAAAUGCCAGGUUUCUACUGCAGUGAUGUUGAGGUGUUCUUUUCAAAUGUCUGAGCACUGUCCACUGAAUAUAGCUGAGAAGAGACUCAUCUGCUUGAUCACAUCAUGUAUGACACAGCAUUCUUAAACUUUCGUCAGAAGCAGAACAGAACGUUGAAAUUUUCGAGGUUUCAGGCCAUGUGUUGUAUACACUUUUUUAAAAACUUUUAAGGUGAAUCUGAAUGAACUCUCCCCACCGAAUCACAAAGACCCACAAAUCUGGUUGUCAAUUGCAGAUAACGAUUCAAAUUUUCGAUUUAACCCGAUGUAAUACACAACCCUGGUGUACUUUCCUUCAGAGUAUGGCAUUCUGAUUACAAAAACCUCAAGCUUUCCAGUGUAAUCUACACACAAAAGCAUAUGUACAAACAUUUUAAAAUUAUUUAUUCAACAUAAUGCAAAUGAAAAAUAUAUGUAAAAAAUACCUGUACAGGCUAGAGUUUAAUUCCAGUUAGAUUGUAUGAGAGAUUUACAGGUUUUUGUUAUUAAUCUGAGUUAUACCUACAGAUGAAGUGUAAAAUAUCAAAUUUAAAACCAAAUUUCUUGCAAUACAGGCAAUUUCUUCAAAGACUUUUUUUAUUUUAAGUAAUCAUAUUCGCACAAUCACAACUCAAAACUGUUCCCUUGUUGAUUCGUUGGAUAACCCAGAUGUUUAUAUUCAGAUGUGAAAUUCAAACAUUCCUUGAAACAACUCUUUUCCAGGGGUUGAUUUGCCAAAAAUUCACUGAUCACAACGUUAGGAGAGAGGCAUAAAACCUUGAUGUUGUAAAACCUCGUGUUCAUAAGAAAAAUUGAGCCAUCCAAUUUGUGCAUAUAAGUCCAAGAUCAGAAUGAUGGGUCCUUGUGUUACAUGUUAGUUAGCUAUCCACAUUUUGGCAGGUCAUCUGUGUUCUGUAUACAACUCAACCCUUUCCAUUUUCAGGUACAUUGUUCCUGAUUUCAGGACUCUCCUCUGAUCAUUUUUGAGGUAUUCAACUGCUGUCUCCUCUGGCAGAUUUUUACUUCUUUGAAACUGUCAUGAACUUGAGUCAGUAGCACCAUUUCCGGUUCCUACCAUAAUGAGCUGAAAUUAAAAUUUGUAGAUGAAAAUAAUUGAAAGAAAGGCAGAGAAAAGAGCAUUUUUCAUACUCCACCCCAUUAGACUUCAUAUGUGUAUAUAGUUGUGUACAUCUGUCAGGGUGCCAAUGUUGUAUUUCUUUCAUGGGAGUGGCAACAUUGUGUCAUGCAUCAUGUGCUGCUCAUUCUCCCAUACAUUACAUUGAUGCCCUCAGCAAAAUGAUGUUAGUUUUCCUUAAAAUUCCCUCCUUUUUGAAGCUGUCUUCAGGAGAGUUGGUCUUAGUGAUUUCAAAAGGCAGUAAACAGAAAUCAAAACUUCUGGAUAUUCACAGAUCCCUACUGCAGACUUAUUACUUUGUAAGAUACUGUUAAAUAUUCAGAGCAAAAUAAACAAAACCGAAAGUUUA